AUGCAUUUUACUCUGAUUUAUGCCUUAAUAAUUACGCGGGGUUUAGAGGGUGUUACAGAGGUUGCGGCUUUGAUUGUCGGGGACAUUGGGAAGACUGAUUUUGGCAGAGAUGUUGUUGUUAAAAUGAAUGAUGGCGGUCUUUCAAAUAUUCAUGAAACUCAUACUGCUUUCAUACCAUUGCAGUACCCUAUUCUGUUUCCAUAUGGAGAAGAUGGAUUUCGUGAGGAUAUCCCUAUCAGUGAGAUGUUCAGAAACAUGGGAAGUUACAAAAGAUGGAGAGUUUCUCUGAGGCAAUUUAUUUCCUUUCGACUUCAAGAGAGAUAUAAUGAAUAUGGGAAUAUUGUCUAUGCUAAAAGGUUGUUUCAACAAUUUGUUGUUGACGCUUAUACAAUGAUAGAAGCAAACAGACUUUCUUAUAUUAGAAGAAAUCAAAAUGUCAUUAGAGCAGAUUAUCUAAAUGGGGUUGCAGAGGCCAUAGAAAAAGGGGAAACUUACCCAACAUCAGUUGGAAAACGAAUAAUUUGGCCUCCUUCUUUCACCGAUGGUCGUCGAUACAAGUUUAACAAUUGUCAAGAUGCCAUGUCUAUUUGCAAGAAAUUUGGCUACCCAUAUCUUUUUAUCACAACAACAUGUAAUUCCCAAUGGGGAGGGAUUCAAAGAUUUGUUCGUGCUAGAAAUCUUAAACCAGAGGAUAGACCAGACAUAUGUGUUCGAGUUUUCAAAAUGAAACUUGAUCACUUAAUGUCUGUUCUAAGAAAAGGCAAGAUUUUUGGUGCUGUUGAUGCAGCUGAACUUCCUGACCCGCAGUUGUAUCCUAAACUUUAUAAGGCAGUUUCAUCUUAUAUGAUUCAUGGCCCAUGUGGUGUUAUUGAUCCAAAGUCAGUUUGCAUGGUUGAAGGCAAGUGCUCUAAACAUUUUCCCAAGAAAUACCAAAACUGUACUUCUAUUGAUGAUGAUGGAUUUCCUAUUUAUAAGAGAAGGAAGACAAGGAUUUCUACAGUGAAAAAAGGAGUACCUCUUGACAAUGGAUUUGUCGUUCCAUAUAAUCCCCAACUUUUGAUGAGCUAUCAAGGACAUAUAAAUGUAGUGUAUUGCAAUAAAUCCAAUGCAAUCAAGUAUCUUUUUAAAUAUAUCAACAAAGGAAAUGAUAGAGUGAAUGUUCAAAUUUCCAAAGACAAUGGAGAUUCAACCCAGCAAAAUCAAGAUGAAAUUAAACAAUUCUAUGAUUGCAGGUAUCUUACUCCAUGUGAGGCAGCAUGGAGGACCUUUAAAUUUGAUAUUCAUGAUAGAUGGCCACCUGUAAAGCGCUUAUCAUUUCAUCUUCCUGGAGAACAAUGCAUUUUAUUCAAUGACAAUGAAGACUUGGAAGAUGUAGUUGACACAUGUUCAAGAAAGGAUACUAUGUUCUUAGCAUGGAUGAAAGCUAAUAAGCAAUUCCCUGAGGGUAGACAUUUGACUUAUGCAGAAUACCCUUCUAUGUUUGUUUAUAACAAAAGCAAGCAAUAUUGGUCCAGGAGAAAGAAAGGGUUCUCCCUUGGUCGCCUACAAUAUAUAGCUCCAGGCAUGGGAGAAGUGUAUUACAUGAGGGUAUUAUUAACAAAGCAAAGAGGCUGUGAUAGUUUUGAAAGCUUGCGAACUGUCAAGGGUGUUAUUUAUCCAACAUUUCAGGAUGCUUGCGAUGCCAUGGGUCUAAUGGAAGAUGAGAGAUAG